UGCAACACGUAAUUCAAAGUAUGAGUAUUGUGUCUCAUCAACAAUUUCACAGAUGGAAUGAUAAGAAAAUAAAAGUCACUAAAACGAAGUGUCAGUCUUCAUCUCUUGAUAAUAAUUUAAGGUUAGUUUUAACUGUUUUGCAUUUGUUUUGUUUUUAGUGCAAUAUAUUUCUUGGCUCCAAAUUUGCAUGUUGAGUUGCAGAAAUUUAUAAAAAUAACAACAGAAAAAGCAAUUUUAUAGUUGGCACAUGCAACGUCAUAGCAGAGAUACAAUAAUACAGCCACUAUAAUAUAUAGAACAUAACACCAACAAUGUCUUCAGUGUUACUCUCUUUACCAGAAAUUUUUGCGUCGUACAAAAACUGGGUAAGUCAGAAUCCACAGUCCAUAAGCGAUUGUGAAACAACAGCAAAGUGGAUUUCAUAUUUUAUUGCUGGAAAAAUCAACAGUUCACAUGUGCUCUCAGAGCUUGUGUAUUGUUUAUCAAAUCUUCUGGUACUUCUUAAUGACAGAAUUAUAAAUAAUGCAAAACAGCUAGAGAUUCCUGGAUCAGGAGAUACUUUAAAGUUGUGGCUUACAGUUGUUGAAUAUUGUGAAGUUCUGUUUGAGUUAUCGGCUCAAAAAAUUUGGGGAAAUCGAGGAAAAUGGUUAAUCAUUGUAGGUGUACAGAUUUUCAAAUGUGUGUCAAGAUUAAUUCUUAUUUACAAUCAUAAAGAAACCAUAAUACAAACACCCCCAAUACCUUUAUUGGAUAGAGCAAAGUUAAGUAAAGUCCCCCCUAACUAUGGUUCAGUACGAGAUAUAGCUCAAGCACAAAUGGAUUCCAUAUCAUUUACUUUAAAAGGCUCGGGAAGGGUGAUCAGGAGAGUUGAUGCUUCCCCCCCUAUUCACGUUCGUACCUGGAGGCCUCUACAGGUCCAAGAACCCUGUGAUAAUGAUCAAACAAUAGAGCAGGCAUUAGCAGGUCGCCAGCUUAUUGCAGAAACUAUUUAUAUUAUGAAACCUAUAGCGCACUUAACUUCAGUUGCUUGUUUUGGAAGUAACUCAUGGAAGCCCUGGAUUGUAGCACUUGCUCUAGAUUUAACAAGUCUGCAAUUGUAUGGAUCCUGCAAAAAAGCAAAAGUCAACUCCUUGACACCUAAACAGAGAUUGCAGAUAUCAAAAAGAAGUUUUCUGCUUGUGAUGUAUUUAUUAAGGUCACCUUUUUAUGACAAUUAUAGUGAAGAUAAAUUGAAUGCUUUGUUAAAUUCAUUGAGUAAAAAUGUGCCUCUUGCCAAAUUAAUUUGUAAUCCAUUACUACAAUAUUUGCCUUUCUGGCAAAGCAACUAUUUUUAUAUGUGGUCCACAUAAGGGUGUAAGGUAGGGAUCUUCGUGCUUUCACACAGGGUUCAUAAUUUUCACAGUUAUAAGAUUACAGCUGUACGUUCCAUUUUUUUUUUUUAUUAAGUAUGUGAAAAUCAUUAUUUUAUUAAUAAAUGUCAUGGUUUUGUUAAA